UCUCAACUUGUACCCCGAGCAUGCCACCAGCGGCGUAGCACUCCUCCAUGCCGUCCCACACAUCAGCAGCUGCUUCUCUACUGGCACUGGCAGCAUGGCUCGCCGUGGCGGCAGCGCUGCUUCGAGUUGGAGCAGCAUCGCCGAGCAGCAGCUGCCAGAGGAAAUGCGGCGACGUGGAAAUCCCUUACCCGUUCGGCAUCGUCCAUUCGCCUGACGACGCCAACUGCGCCAUGCCCGGCUUCAACCUGACCUGCAACGAGACCGGGAUUAAUGGGCGGCCAUUUUUGGGCAACGUGGAGGUCGUCCGCGUUUCGCUGCAGCAAGGUCAGGCCCAGAUGCAGAACCAUAUCUCCAGCUACUGCUACAACGCCACCUCGCACGGCAUGGACGCCGACCCUUGGCAGCUCAACUUCAGGGGCACGCCCUACAGGAUCGCCGACACCAACAAGUUCACCGUCAUCGGCUGCCAAGCGCUGGCGUACAUCCUGGGCACGCGCGCCAACAAGUACGCCAGCGGCUGCGUGGCCAUGUGCCGGCGGGGAGGCGGCGGCGGCGGCGACGUGAGCUCCGCCCUCAGCAACGGCUCCUGCUCCGGGAUAGGGUGCUGCCAGACCGCCAUCCCCAAGGGGCUCCAGUACUACCGGGUGCGGUUCGACUCCGGCUUUGACACCACGGAGAUCCACGACGUCAGCCCCUGCAACUACGCCGUGCUCAUGGACGCCUCCAACUUCACCUUCCAGACCACCUACGCCACCUCGCCGGGGUUCAAAAGCACCUACGGCGGAGAGGCGCCGCUGGCGGUGGACUGGGUUGUCGGAAAGGAGACAUGCGACGCGGCGCGCAAGAAUUCCUCGUCCUACGCCUGCGUCAGCGACCACAGCGAGUGCGUCGACUCGCUCAACGGACCCGGCUACUUCUGCAAGUGCUCCAUGGGCUACGGCGGCAAUCCUUACCUGCAAGAUGGAUGCAAAGAUAUUGACGAGUGCACAGAACUGCCAAAAUACCCUUGCUCUGUAUCUGGAACAUGCGAAAAUAUGCCUGGUGGAUUCAACUGUACUUGCCCCAAGCAUACCAAAGGCAACGCCCAAAAUGGGAUAUGCGAGAAAAACCACACACUUGAUCGUGGAGAAAAACUCGGUAUUGGAGCUUUUGGCGUUGUUCUGGUUGGCCUGGUCUGCAUCCUUGCAGUAGAAAUUAUCCGUCACAAAAGGAGUAUCAAGAGACAAGCGCUGAUCAGGCAGAGUGAUGAAUACUAUCAGCAGCACGGGGGGCAGAUACUGUCAGAAAUUAUGAGAGUAGAGCGUAACAUUGGGUUCACUGUCUACGCCAGAGGAGAGAUCGAGGCGGCAACAAACGGGUUCGACAAGGCGAACAUCAUCGGGGAAGGAGGGCAGGGCACCGUGUACAAGGCGGUCCUCGAUGUCGACGGCAAGGACACACAUGUGGCCGUGAAGAGAUGCAUGGAGGUGGACGAGAGCAGGACGAAGGAUUUCGUGCAGGAGCUGGUGAUACUCUGCCGCGUCGACCAUCCCAACAUCGUCAAGCUCCUGGGUUGCUGCCUGCAGUUCGAGGUGCCCAUCCUGAUCUACGAGUACGUGCAGAACAAAACCCUGCAGGAGCUACUGCACAGCCAGCCGACCCUGUGUCGCGCCACCCUGGGGAUCCGUCUGAGGAUCGCCGCGCAGGCCGCCGCAGCGCUAGCGUACCUACACUCGUUGGCGCAUCCGAUACUCCACGGCGACGUGAAGCCCGCCAACGUCCUGCUCACCGACGGCUGGGUCGCCAAGGUGUCCGACUUUGGCUGCUCCACCAUCGAUGAGAAGACCCAGGUGGUGGCCAGAGGCACGGCGGGCUAUGUUGAUCCGGAGUACAUUUUUGAGUACCAGCUCACCCAGAAGAACGACGUCUACAGCUUUGGGGUCCUCCUUCUGGAGCUCCUUACCGGGAAGAAGCCGCUGUCAAAACUCCGGAAGAGCCUGACGGUGAUGGUUCAGGAAUCUAUGGAGGAUGGCACGCUCCAACAGCUCUUUGACAGGGAAAUAGUCGAUGAUGCUAGCAUGGGAUUGGCCCUUCAGGCCACAGAGCUGGCGACUCGAUGCUUAGUCAUGCCAGGGAGCAGGAGGCCGACGAUGAGGCACGUUGCGGAGGAGCUCCGGCAGCUCGCAGAUCAAGUGAAACAGCCGCUGGUGUGUGAGUAUCACAGCCUCACAGUCACGGAUGUGGGGAGCUCCAUGUCGUCUGAGAGCGACACAACCACCGGGGUUUUCAGCCUUGAGAAGAAAGUCGCGCUGAGCACGGAAUUCGCUAGAUGAGAUCAUGACAAGUUAACAUGCAUAUUGGAGAUUGCUGCUACACUCGAUCGGUUGUGUCGUGUCUUGGUUGCAUCGCGUUUGUGGUGGUUUGCUUUACUUUAUAAAUAAAGCUGGAGGGAAGACUAUUUUAAUAAAAACUGUUUGUUAGUUAUUAGCUCUAUAACGGUACCACGUGUUUGUUGGUGUUGCUGCAAUAUGCAUGUAAGUACUCAUUUGAGACAGAUUUACUACGGUUCAAAUUUUCCUCUGA